AUGGCAUCCAACAUGUUUUCGCGCUUUGUGGCCUCGGGGCGAGGCAGGUCCUUUUACGAAGACUUGAGGGCGCGAGACGACGCUCUCGACACAGAAGAGCGGGCGGGGCUUGCUCUGGACGAGGACAACCUCAGCCACCAAUUUCACGACUAUGACCUCGACCACGCCCAGGGCUUGGGGCUCGAUGGCAGUCAGGUUACGGCCAACGAAAGCGUGAUACGAGAAGACGUCGGGGAUCGCGCAGCCCGACCCGAGCGACAUUCGGGCACGAAGUGGCUGGGAGGGGACGAGGAUGCAGACAACGACGUCCCGGGGUCACUGCUAGUUGAACCCAAUGUAGCCGAAAGUCAUGCCGGUCCGCAGCGGCACCACCACCGAGAACGACGGCCCGCAUCGCCGGCAACACAACCUCUUCCAGGCCCUUCGACACGCAGAGCGCGUGCGCAAUGGGAAUCCACACAGGCCCAGCAGAGGUUGCACCAAGAUGAAAUGGCUCCUUCCUCACGGACCGGAGGCGGCCACCCUCGCUCCCUCAUGUCGCGUUCUGUAUCGGGGAGUCCGAGGGAGAAGGCCAUGUGGCGAUGGGUUAAUGUCUCAAACCUCGAUAAUUUCAUCAAAGACGUCUAUGACUACUAUCUCGGCUGCGGAAUCUGGUGCAUCUUGAUGGAACGGGCUCUCCACCUUGUAAACGUCACUUUCGUCGCCGUCUUCCUGACCUUCCUCACGCAGUGUGUGGACUAUACGCGCUUUCGUGGCAGCACCAGGCUGGAACAGGUCCUCGUACCGCGAUGUAUGAACAGGAUGUCCACCAUGUGGAACCUGGGACUCUGGGUCUUUGCAUUCUACUUUAUCUGGAAGUCCAUCCAGAACCUGCUCGACAUCCGUCGUCUGCUGAACCUGCGUGACUUUUACGUGCACCUGCUCAACAUCCCCGAGCAUGACAUGCAGACAGUCUCCUGGCAGGAUGUCGUCGUCCGCGUCAUGGCGUUGCGAGAUGCCAACCCCAAGACGGCGAGCAACAUGACGCGCCUCCAACGGGAAUGGAUUGGGAGCCAGUCAAAGGAGAGACUUGACGCCCAUGACAUUGCCAACAGGCUGAUGAGGCGUGAAAACUACUUGAUCGCCCUGUUCAACAAGGAUAUUCUCGACCUAAGCAUCCCCCUGCCUUUUCUGCGCAAGAAGCAGCUGCUCACCCGCACCCUGGAGUGGACGCUCAUGUUUGGCGUCCUAGACUUUGUCUUUGACGAGCGCGGCCAGGUCAACCCAGAGUUCCUCAAGUCGGGUCGCCGUGGACAGUUAAGCCAGAAGCUCAAGGCGAGGUUCAAGUUCGCAGGGCUUAUGAACCUCGUGCUGGCCCCGUUCCUGGCGUGCUACCUCAUCAUCGUCUAUUUCCUAACGUAUUACAACGAAUACCAAAGAAAUCCGUCGGCACUGUCGGCCCGGAGCUACACGCCCCUUGCCGAAUGGAAAUUUCGAGAAUUCAACGAGCUUCAACAUCUUUUUCGCGAGAGACUCAACAUGUCGUACCCAUUUGCGACACGCUACAUAGAUCAGUUCCCCAAGGUCAAGACCGAGCAGGUGGCCAAGACGGUUGCCUUUAUUGCGGGUGCCAUUGUUGCGGUCCUGGCCAUAGGCUCCUUAUUCGACCCGGACAACUUUUUCAUCUUUGAAAUCACCAAAGACCGGACCGUGCUGUUCUACCUCGGCAUCUUUGGAGGGAUCUGGGCCGCUGCCCGGGGCAGCAUCACCGACGACAACAGCGUGUUCGACCCGGAAUACGCCCUGCGCAACGUGAUUGAAUACACCCACUUCCAGCCGGACCACUGGCAGGGCCGGCUGCAUAGUUUCGACGUGAAGAAGGACUUCUCCGAGCUCUACAAGAUCAAGCUGGUCAUCUUUCUCGAGGAGAUCCUCAGCAUCCUGAUCACACCUCUGAUCCUCUUCACGACCCUGCCCAACUCGACAGACCAGAUCGUCGACUUCUUCCGCGAGUUCACAGUCCACGUGGACGGCCUCGGCUACGUGUGCUCAUUUGCCGUCUUCGACUUUAAGAAAGGCGUGGGCCAGACGAACCAAGCGGUCGCGGGAGCCGACGUCCGCGAGGAGUACUAUUCGACCAAGCACGGCAAGAUGGCCGCCUCCUACUACGGAUUCCUGGACAACUACGUCAUCAAUCCGAAGACGGGCAUACCCGGCCACCUGCCCCCCGGGGCAAGACACCAGUUCAAUCCGCCGCCCUCCUUCCCGGGCCUUGGCUCCCCGACGCUGGCGACAGACAUGCACCACUCACGGGCAGGGCGCAGUCGAGCGCCGGCAUCGCAGAACGCGCGCACGCCGCGAUUCGGCCCCACUGGCUCGCAACAGUCUCCCGUAGCGUCGAUCCUCUUGGAUCCGCAUCAUCAGCCGGCCGCUUCGACUUUUGGCUCCCGCAGCGCCCAGAGGCAGCGCCCGAAACGCGCAGGCUACCAUGGUGACCGGGACAUCAUCGAAGAGUCGCUCGAGGACGGCCUCGAGGGCGCGGAUCGCUUCCGUCGUGCUGCCGUACAGCAACCCCCCGAAGGCGACGGAGACUUGGACGAGUCCACAUGGCAGACGUCACCCACCAAGACGCUAUCGCGGGAGAAUAGCGAAGUCAAGGGGGAGAACACGGAAGUCGGUGUAUUGGGACUCAUGUACCAGUUCCAACAGGCACACAUGAACCACAGGCACGGCGGCGUCCGGUAG